ACUACAUCUGUCCAUCUCUUGUUCAACCCCUCGGUUUCAUCCACUCCCUUCUCCUCUUCCUCCUCCUCUCAGCGAAAAUGUGGAAACUGAAGAUCGCCGAGGGAGGCAGUCCAUGGCUUCGAACCACCAAUAAUCACGUCGGAAGGCAGUUUUGGGAGUUCGAUCCGAGCCUCGGGACCCCCGAGGAUCUCGCCGCCAUCGAUGAAGCGAGAAAGUCCUUUGCAGAGAACCGAUUCGUGAAGAAACACAGCUCUGAUCUGCUCAUGCGCCUCCAGUUCUCAAGAGAAAACCUGAGCAGGCCAGUUUUACCAAAAGUCAAUGUCAGAGAUGGUGAUGAUGUUACAGAGAAGGAUGUGGAAAUCACUUUGAAGAGGGGUGUAGAUUUUUAUUCAACUAUACAGGCGAGUGACGGGCACUGGGCAGGAGAUUAUGGUGGUCCUAUGUUUCUUCUACCAGGACUGAUAAUUACACUAUCAAUUACUGGAGCCCUGAAUACAGUAUUGUCAGAACAACAUAAAGCAGAAAUGCGCCGUUAUCUCCAUAAUCACCAGAAUGAGGACGGAGGUUGGGGUCUACAUAUUGAGGGCCCCAGCACCAUGUUUGGGUCUGUCUUGAACUAUGUUACUUUGAGGUUGCUUGGAGAAGGACCUAACGACGGAGACGGAGCGAUGGAGAAAGGGAGGGACUGGAUACUUAAUCAUGGUGGUGCUACCAAUAUCACAUCUUGGGGGAAAAUGUGGCUAUCUGUACUUGGAGCUUUUGAAUGGUCUGGAAAUAACCCACUGCCACCUGAGAUAUGGCUUCUUCCGUAUUUUCUGCCAAUCCAUCCAGGAAGGAUGUGGUGUCAUUGUCGGAUGGUCUACUUGCCAAUGUCGUAUUUGUACGGUAAACGGUUCGUGGGUCCCAUAACGUCCACUGUUUUAUCGCUGAGAAAGGAGCUUUUCACUGUACCAUAUCAUGAAGUCGACUGGAAUGAAGCACGCAACCUUUGUGCAAAGGAGGAUUUAUACUACCCACACCCACUUGUGCAAGAUAUUCUUUGGGCAUCACUUCACAAGAUCGUUGAGCCUGUUUUAACUCGAUGGCCGGGUGCAAAUUUGAGAGAAAAGGCUCUCAGAACCACUUUAGAACAUAUUCAUUACGAAGAUGAGAACACAAGGUACAUCUGCAUUGGACCAGUGAAUAAGGUAUUAAAUAUGCUUUGUUGUUGGGUAGAGGACCCAAACUCAGAGGCUUUUAAGUUGCACCUACCAAGAAUCAAUGACUAUCUCUGGUUAGCUGAAGAUGGGAUGAAGAUGCAGGGUUAUAACGGAAGCCAGCUAUGGGAUACGAGUUUUGCUGUUCAAGCUGUUCUGGCAACCAACUUGGUCGAAGAAUAUGGGCCCGUUUUGGAAAAAGCACAUUCAUAUGUCAAGAAUUCUCAGGUGCAAGAGGACUGCCCAGGAGAUCUGAGUUACUGGUAUCGACACAUUUCUAAAGGGGCUUGGCCUUUCUCAACUGCAGAUCACGGUUGGCCAAUCUCCGAUUGCACCGCAGAGGGACUUAAAGCUGCUCUUUUACUAUCCAAAGUUCCUAAGGAGAUUGUUGGUGAACCAGUAGAUACGAAACGAUUAUAUGAUGCUGUUAAUGUUAUCAUUUCAUUACAGAAUGCAGAUGGAGGCCUCGCAACAUAUGAGCUCACAAGGUCAUACCCUUGGUUGGAGCUAAUCAAUCCAGCAGAAACCUUUGGCGAUAUUGUUAUUGACUACCCUUACGUGGAGUGUACGUCAGCUGCUAUCCAAGCGUUGGUAGCAUUCCGAAAGCUUUAUCCUGGUCAUCGGAAGAAGGAUGUAGAUGAGUGCAUUGAGAAGGCGGUUAAGUUCAUUGAAUCUAUUCAAGCAUCAGAUGGCUCAUGGUAUGGAUCAUGGGCUGUUUGCUUCACAUACGGUACAUGGUUUGGAGUGAAGGGGCUUGAAGCUGCUGGAAAGACAUUGAAAAACUCUCCAACCGUUGCGAAAGCUUGUGAAUUUCUGUUGUCGAAACAACUUCCUUCGGGCGGAUGGGGAGAAAGCUAUCUUUCAUGCCAAGACAAAGUAUAUUCAAACCUUGAAGGCAAGCGGUCUCAUGUCGUGAAUACAGCAUGGGCUUUGCUAUCACUCAUUGGUGCUGGGCAAGCGGAGGUAGAUCAAAAACCCCUACAUCGGGCUGCCAGAUACUUGAUUAAUGCUCAAAUGGAGAGUGGUGAUUUCCCACAACAGGAAAUAAUGGGAGUCUUCAAUAGGAACUGCAUGAUAACUUACGCUGCUUACCGAAACAUUUUCCCUAUAUGGGCUUUGGGGGAGUACCGUAGUAAGGUAUUAUUGCAACAAGGAGAGUGAGUAGUAGUUCAUUUCUCUUGGGGUGGAUCUUUGUUAGCUUCAAUGCUUACUUUUUUUCGUAUCUCUUAUGUUCCAGUUGUCCAAUCUUUUUGUACUUUACUCAAAUCUUGGUUCCAGUUUUUGUGGGUUCUCUGAAAUUCUGAUUUUGAGAAUAAUGUUUUUUGAUGAAAAUACCCUGCACCCAACACUUCCAACACGGAUAGUAUUUGACUGUCGAAGUUGUUGGAUAGAUAUGCAAGUUCAAGAACAUGGAAAUUACCCAUUUGAGCAUUAUGACUUAAUGGUACUCCCCG